AUGGGUGAUAUUGUGAGCCUGUCAUCAAAGUAUCCACAUGUUGGUAAUCGUAAAAUUCAACAUAUUCAAUCCAGUUCAACGCGAAGUUUCUUCAACGGUAAAAAUGCAAUGGACGAUAUUCUAUCAGUUCUAACUUCGGCUCAUAAUUUAUUCGAAAAGGGUUGUUACCAGAAAGCUAGAAUCCAUUUUCAACGAAGCUAUGAUAUGUUAAAUACAUUUAUGGAUGCUGUUGAUGAACGAGACGAACUUCAAUGUGAUAUCGGCCUUCAAAUUGCUAGUACAUAUCAUGAACAAGGCUUAUAUGAUCAAGCUAAUGAGCAUAUUCUAUGUUCUGAAGUUUUAGCUAGCAAGCUGGAUGAUCGUGUCAGGACUGCGAAUUGCUUUGAUGCAAAAGGAAAAAUCAGUUUUAUGAAAAAUAGCCUUCAAGAAGCAUUUGAUUAUUUUAAUCAAUCAUUAGAUAUUAAGUUACUUAUUUUACCGCAUAACCAUAUUGAUAUUAGUGAUACUUAUGAUAAUAUUGGAGAUGUAUAUAAGAAAAAAUGUAAGCAUCAAAAUGCUCUAGCCUUCUAUAACAAAUCUUUAACUAUUAGAUUGAAUUUAUUCGAAGAUACUGCUAAUUUACGUCUUGCGUCAUCGUAUCAUCGACUUGGUAGUAUUUACUGCUUACAGCGUCAAUACAUCGAUGCUUUAGUAAUGCAUCAAAAAUCCCUCAGCAUGAAAUUGUGUUUGUUAGACAAUGCAAGCUUACCCGUUGCUAACUCGUAUCAUGAAAUGGGAGCCGUCUACUGGAGGCAGGGUAAAAUUAAUGAUGCUCUUGCAUUACACAAUACAUCCCUCGAAACUAGAUUGGAAAUAGUCGGUAAUAGUCAUUUAGAUGUAGCAUCCUCUUACCACGAAAUUGGAAUUAUCUACGGUAUACAAGGUCAAUAUAAAAAUUCUUUAUCAAUGCACGAAAAAUCAUUGAAAAUUCGACUAGAUAUAUUAGGAGAUGAUCACUUAGACAUUGCAGCAUCAUACUAUUGCCUUGGUAAUAUCUUUCACCUUAAUAAUCAGCAACAUGAUGCUCUAACCCUGCAUCAAAAAUGUCUUAAUAUUAUUUUGAAAUUGUUGGAUGAUAAUAAUUUACAUGCUGCCGAUUCUUAUCACGCAAUUGGAAGUAUCUAUAUGAAGCAACAAAGAUACAACGAUGCCUUAAAAAUGCAUCAGCAAUGUCUAAGUAUUAAGUUAGCGGAUUUAGGAAGCAAUACCUUGGAUGUUGCUGCUUCAUACAAUGAAAUUGGAAAUAUACUCACCAAGCAAGGUAAACAUAAUGAUGCCCUAUCAUUAUAUCAAAAAGCGUUAGAAAUUAAAUUAGACGUUCUUGGUAUGAAAAAUAUACAUGUAGCAGCUAUUUAUCGUUCUCUUGGUAAUAUCUACUGUGUGCUCGAACAAUAUGAUCUUGCAAAGUUAAGAUUUCAAAAAUCCCUAGAUAUACUGUUGGACUUACGAGGUAGUGAUAAUUUAGAUGCGGCAAGCUUAUAUUACGAAAUCGGAACAAUUUAUCACAUCCAGGGCAAAAACAAUGACGCGAUAGGAAUGUUAGAAAAAUCACUUAGCAUAAGAUUAGCCAUCAUGGGCAAUGCUAGUAGCGCUGUGGCAAAAUCUUAUUAUAAACUUGGUUCUGUCUACAGAAGCCAACUAAAGUACAAUAAGGCUUUAUCUUUACAUCAUAAGUCUCUAUCAAUUAGAUUGGAAAUCUUGAGUAAUUGUAACUUGGAUGUUGCCGAUUCCUAUCAUGAGAUUGGCAACGUAUAUUAUUCGCAACAUAAAUAUAGUAAUGCGAUAUCAGCUUAUAAGAAAUCUUUAAACAUGAGAUUAGAAAUUUACGAAAACAUUCAUCUAGAUAUUGCCAAGUCUUAUCAUAACCUUGGGCAAUCUUAUUAUCAGCAAUCAAACUAUCCUGAUGCCCUAUCUAUGUUUCAAGAGUCUCUUAAUGCCUUUAUCCAACUGUACGAUGAAAAUCAUCCGACUGUAGCUGAUGCAUACGAUAAUAUAGCAAAAGUGUAUGAUAAUCUAAAUUAUGUUACUGAUGCUAAUCAAAUGCGUAAGAAUGCCUCAACUCUCCACUCUAAUUUACAAUUACUAUCCAAUAAAAAAGAAAAUGAUAAGACAGUAGAAAUUUAUUAA